GGGAUGAUUUGAGAAUCGUUCAACAUUUGAGGUUUCUUUCCGAUCUCCCCAUCCCCACAUCCAAACCCAAAUCACAAUGUUUUCUCGGAUAGUACGCAGUCGGAUCCUCCCCGUACUGCGCAGCCCAACGUGCCGGACCGUAGUGCAGAGACGGACGCUCGUCCGCGCCCCCAAGGCAGGCGAUGGCCCGUUGAUGGAGAGACGAUCGGAUCGCGAGUUACCAAGCGUCGAAUCCGUCACCUUCCGCUGGCGCCAUACCUUCCCCAUCUUCGUCGUCCUCAUUGUCGUCUCGAGCGUGGCCAUCUUCAACUACCAGAAGCUCUCCUCACCCAUCGUGGCCUCGACGCUCUACUCCUUGCGCAUGUCGCGCAAAGCCCGUGAGUACCUGGGCGACGAGAUUUACUUUAAGCACCAGAUACCGUGGAUCAGUGGCGAAAUGAACCAGCUGCGGGGGCGUAUCGACAUCCGCUUCUCUGUCAAGGGCUCCAAGAAUACGGGAGUGAUGCGCUUUACCAGUUUCCGUCAGGGGGCCAAGAGCAUGUUUGAGACGACUGAAUGGAGUCUCGAGAGAACGGAUGGCGGGGUGAUUGAUUUGCUCGAUGGGGAGGAUCCGUUUAAGGGCAUUGCGGGUAUCGGAAUGGAUGAUGAAGAGAAGGAGGAGGCGACUCGGGGGUUUAGGCAGCAGCUCAAGUGAGGCCGCGAGAGAGGGUAUGGCUGGAUGUGCUGGGAUUGGUGCAGAGUCACAGUGCAAUGAACCAAGGUUCUCCAGGGGCUAGGGGUAUGUGGAAGAGAUCAGGUGUGAGAGAGACGAGGGGUCUCUAUAUGAUGUCUGUACCGGUUGGCAUCGUGCUUUAUGUGUACAAU